UCCUUGGUUUUCAUUAUAACAGUUUUUUAACUGUGUCACAUUUUUAAACAAAGUUUUAUUGUCACUUUAGUGAUAUCUCCUUAUUUGGAAUAUGUAUUAUAAAUGAUAUGACAAGUAAAUAUCUAAUCAUCCUUAUCUGAAAAUAAGAAGAAAAACCAUUGUAAGGUAUAUAGUAUGUGUGUGUGUUUAAGUUUGGAGGAAAAAAAAGCAAAACAUAGGCAUUCUAUAGCAUCAUAUGGAAAUCUUUAAUAAUUUGUUGCUUUUAAUUCUGCAUUAAAAAAACAGAGAUCCUUGUUAAGUUUUUAAUGGCUAACAACCAAGUUCCAUUUUGUUAAAAAAAAUCCCAAUAAAAAUUAUUAAGUAGAUGUUUAUACAGUGUGGAUUUUAUAGUCAACAAUUACAGUGUUGUCUUGGUAAUAUCUAGCUUUUCCCAGUAUAUCUCUCAAUUUAAUUGUUAUCUCUUGCUUGUGGGAAAAUAGACUUCCCUAAUAGAUAUUAGGCCUUUGAAUAAAAUCUAUGUGAGGCAGAUGUUACAAUGCUGUUCUUACUUUCAAAAGUGUUAGGAUAGGCAUUAGUAUAGUCUAUUUACCCCUUUAGUUGGUGCCAAGAAAUUUGAUCCCACUAGGUUUCAGUUUAGAGGGACCUUACAAUAAAGGUCAGUCACUUCUUUAACUCUGCAAGUAAUUUUAAGGCUAACAUCAGAAAAACAAUGUAUAAAAGAAAGAACAGGAAUAGAAAUUGCAGUAAGUAAGGGAUUCAAAAAUUAGAAUAAAUGGUAGGGACUGAAGGGCACUGAAAAUUAUUGCUUCAUUUCUACUCACCAGAGUUUAUUUAUGGGUGUUCUAAUACAGCAAACAUUUAGUGAGCAUCUGAUGCACCAACAAAGAUGACUAAGACGUAGUUCCUGCACUCAUGUACCUUACAUAUCAAAGAAGGAACAAACUGGCAUGAAGCAAGAAGCAAUGAUAUUUACAAGGGCAGUCAUAGUUACAUGCACAAGUUUUUAUGAGAGCAUGGAGGAGGGACAGCCUAACUGUGUUGUACUGGACUACGUAGUGAUAAUUCUGUUUAGGCAACAUAAUGAGAUUUUGAAGAAGUUAGCUGGAUGAAGAAGGUGUGAAACAGGUUUUUUGUGUCAGUUUAGGUGUUCCUGUGCCCACUGUUUCUGGAUAAGCAAAAUCUAUUAUUUUUAUAGUGCCUGAGAUCAACACAAUUCCCCCCUUUGGUUUCUGACCUUACAUGGGAGUUGUCUUACGCGAUUAAAGGCCUAGUACACAGCAAAAUCUAAGGGUACAGUGGACAUCGUUACUGGUAGAAAUACUUUUUUCGGCUGUUGAAUUUUUAACUUUUCACAUUAAGCAGUGAAGAAUUCCAAAAACCUAAACAGUUCUCUAUCUCAACAUUCUUUCUUAAAAACAAAUGGAAGAAAAAUGAAAAAAUAAACUACUGAAAGGAAAAUUUAAAAAAAGACACAUACACAAAAGCACUCACAAAAAAUGGCUAGUCACUUGAGUCUUCGGAGGCCACGAGGUGGCGCUGCAGGCUAAAGAGACGAAAAAAAAGCGAACCAAGGAUGCUGCCGAGGUCACUAACAAGAAAGGAAGAUUCGGACGGAUUCGCUGGGAAGAAAAGCUAUAGCCGCCCAAUCACAGACCCCUGCUACUUCAGGCGUGGGUCUGGAGUUUGCGACUGCUGUUUCUUUAUAUUGGGAAAUGUGGUUGUGACUGAAAUUGACGAAAGCCGUGUUCAGAAGAAGCUAUGGAGGCUGGAGGGCUGCGCUUCCCGAGACAAAGGCAAGUCCUGUUUAUCUGUAUAAUUUGGGGAGUAUCCCUGGCAGGUUCUGAGUUUGGACGUUAUUCGGUGACAGAGGAAACAGAGAGAGGAUCGUUUGUGGUCAAUUUGGCAAAGGAUCUGGGGCUAGCAGAGGGGGAGCUGGCUGCAAGGGGCGUUCGGGUGGUCUCUGAUGAUAACAAACAACACUUGCUCCUGGAUUCUCAAACCGGGGAUUUGUUCACAAAUGAGAAACUGGACCGGGAGAAGCUGUGCGGCUCCACAGAGCCCUGUAUGCUGCAUUUCCAAAUUUUGAUGGAUAAUCCCUUUCAAAUAUACCGGACUGAGCUAAGGAUCAGGGAUAUAAAUGACCAUUCACCAUUGUUUCAGGACAAAGAAAUGGUCUUAAAAAUACUAGAAAAUACAGCUGAAGGGACAACAUUUCGACUAGAAAGAGCACAGGAUUCAGAUGGAGGACUUAACGGUAUCCAAAAGUACACCAUCAACCCCAACUCUUUUUUCCAUAUAAAAAUUACUGACAGUGAUGAAGGCAUUAUCUACCCAGAGCUAGUGCUGGACAAAGUGUUGGAUUGGGAGGAGCAGCAAGAGCUCAGUUUAACACUCACAGCACUGGAUGGCGGCUCCCCACCCAGGUCUGGGACCACUACUAUACGCAUUGUGGUCGUGGAUGUUAAUGACAACGCCCCGCAGUUUGCGGAAGCGCAAUAUGAGACCCAGGUUAAGGAGAACAGCCCGGUAGGGUCCCUAAUUGUUAAGGUGUCCGCAGGAGAUGUAGACUCCGGAGUCUAUGCGGAAGUAUCCUAUUCAUUUUUUGAUGCCUCUGAAGAUAUUAGAACAACCUUUCAAAUCAAUCCUUUUUCCGGGGAAAUCUUUCUCAGAGCGUUGCUUGAUUAUGAGCUAAUAAAGUCUUACAAAAUAAAUACACAGGCAAUCGAUGGUGGCGGUCUUUCUGCAAGAUGUACGGUUUUGGUCGAAGUAUUGGACACAAAUGACAAUCCCCCUGAACUGAUCAUGUCAUCACUUUCCAACUACAUUGCUGAGAACUCUCCUGAGACGGUACUGGCUGUUUUUAGGAUUAGAGACAGAGACUCUGGAGAAAAUGGAAAGAUGGUUUGCUACAUUCAAGAUGAUCUGCCCUUCCUACUGAAACCCUCCGUAGAGAAUUUUUACGUUCUAAUGACAGAGGGACCACUUGACAGAGAAAGCAGAGCCGAGUACAACAUCACCAUCGCCGUCACUGACUUAGGGAUUCCAAGGCUGAAAACACAGCACAACAUAACCGUGUUGGUCUCCGACGUCAACGACAACUCCCCGUCCUUCAGCCAAACCGUCUACACUGUAUUCGUCCGCGAGAACAACAGCCCCGCCCUGCACAUGGGCAGCGUCAGCGCCACAGACAGAGACUCAGGCACCAACGCCCAAAUCACCUACUCGCUGCUGCCGCCCCAGGACCCGCACCUCCCCCUCAACUCCUUGGUCUCCAUCAACGCGGACAACGGGCACCUGUUCGCUCUCAGGUCGCUGGAUUACGAGGCCCUGCGAGCCUUCGAGUUCCGCGUGGGCGCCACAGACGCAGGCUCCCCGGCGCUGAGCAGCGAGGCGCUGGUGCGCGUGGUGGUCGUGGACGAAAACGACAACUCGCCCUUCGUGCUGUACCCGCUGCAGAACGGCUCUGCGCCCUGCACCGAGCUGGUGCCCAGGGCGGCUGAGGCGGGCUACCUGGUGACCAAGGUGGUGGCGGUGGACGGCGACUCGGGCCAGAACGCCUGGCUGUCCUACCAGCUGCUCAAGGCCACGGAGCCCGGGCUGUUCAGCGUGUGGGCGCACAAUGGCGAGGUGCGCACCGCCAGGCUGCUGAGCGAGCGCGACGCCGCCAAGCACAGACUCGUCGUUCUGGUCAAGGACAAUGGCGAGCCUCCGCUAUCAGCCACCGUCACGCUGCACGUGCUCCUGGUGGACGGCUUCUCGCAGCCCUACCUGCCGCUUCCUGAGGUGGCCGCGGACCGGGCCCAGGCCGACUCGCUCACGGUCUACUUGGUUAUUGCGUUGACGUCCGUCUCGUCGCUCUUCCUGUUCUCCAUGCUCCUGUUUGUCGGGGUGCAGCUGUGCAGGAAGAACAGGGACGCCUCGGUGGGUCGCUAUCCGGUUCCUGAAGGCCACUUUCCAGGCCACUUGGUGGACGUCAGCGCCACCGGGACUGUAUCCCAGAGCUACCAGUAUGAGGUGUGUCUGACCGGAGGCUCAGAGACCAGCGAGUUCAAGUUCUUGAAUCCAGUUAUGCCCAAAAGUCAGACACAGGGCCAUUAGAGGAAUAAUGAAGAAAACCCCAACUUCCAAAAUAGCUUUGGAUUUAA